CAUAAUAUCAGUUUGUCACAUUUAAAUGGUAAGGCCCUACCGUCUUUAAUUGCCAUGCUAUUGCAUCGGUUUUUUCGUGAGAGGUGCCUGUUGCGUCAUAGGCUUAAACAGAAGAUUGCCGGGACUAGAGGUUAUGGCAUGGCAAUAAAUAUGAGUAAAGCAACAGAUAACAGAGAGAUAAUCAUUGGAGAUGUACACGCGCGAUUAACAAAGCCCAAGGAACGCCAUUUGAUACCACAUAAAUAUGUAACUUAUGGACAGGAUGGAAGAAUUAAGUUGGAUCAAACAGCACUUCAUCAUCUACGUUGGAUGUUGCAAAAGGAUUCACUAAAGCAAGACAUGUUUCUCCUGGGUGUACCAGGGCCACAGAGACGGCAGCUGGUUAUGCAGUUUCUAGAAAUUAUGGAACGUGAAUUUGAAUAUGUUGCGCUUAGUCGCGAUACCACCGAAAGCGAUAUUAAGCAACGUCGAGAGAUUCACGGAAAGUCUGCCGAAUACCAUGAUCAAGCCGCAGUACGCGCUGCCUUGCAUGGACGAGUGCUGGUACUGGACGGCAUUGAGCAUGCCGAACGCAACGUGCUGCCGGUACUCAACAAUCUCCUAGAAAAUCGUGAAAUGCACCUGGAAACUGGUCAAUUUCUUAUUGCACCGAAUCGCUAUGAUAAUUUGUUAAAGACACACAGUCAACAGCAGCUUAAAUCAUGGGGCUUACUUCGUGUCUCAGAACACUUCCGCAUAGUGGCAAUUGGACUUCCCACACAUAAAUAUAAAGGCACACCACUAGAUCCACCACUACGAUCACGCUUUCAGUCGCGAAACAUAUUACCAUACACUUUUGAACAGCUGUACGAAGAUCUACAGGAAUUAUUAACCACUGUUUCUUCUUCAGCACUAAAACAGUUGCUUACCUGUGCAUUGAUACUUCAAACAGCUAGCGACGAACUUCAGCUUCCUGAUUUUCCAUUGCAUAAUCUUCGUCAAGGCGUUCAAAUGAUGGAAAGAAAUCCGCUGCUUACUGUGCACGAUGUGCUAAUAUCUCUGUAUCCCUACAAAUCUAUUCUAUUGCCAGAGCAGCAAAAACAAGUUGAUGAAAUGUUUACGAAUAUGUCGCUCAAUCAUAGCGGCAAACAGAGUGUACAACGUAUAAGUAGCUGCACUAAAGAUCUUGUUGUAAAUGUGCAUCUGGACGAAAUACAUAUAACCAUGCCUUGUAGAUCGCCCACACAAUUAACCGCAGAAUUUGUGGACUUGCCGCAUCAGCGGCAAGUGCUUGCUGCGUUGUUGCAAGCUUAUGCAGUUGGAGAUGUCUGUUUGCUGGGCAAUAAAGGUGUUGGCAAAGAAACAUUAAUAACAGAGCUUUUGCGCCUAGUUAAUCAAAUCCCUGAACCAAUGAUGCUAUAUGAAGAUUUGACGUCUAGGGAUCUUAUACAGCAGCGCGUUACUAAUGAAGAAGGCGACACCAUUUGGCGUGAUUCCCCAUUGAUCAGGGCAGCGAAAACUGGAUCAGUGGCAAUACUAUCUGGCCUUCAAAAUCUUCAUAGAAGCACAGUUCCGGUUCUGCAACGAUUAAUCCAUGAUCGCGAAAUACAAUUAUGUGAUGGCACAACUUUACUUCGUCAGGAUCGAUAUCAGGCGCUUCUGCAGGGCGGAUUUAACAAGAGUCAACUUACUGAACGCGGUGUGCUACCAAUACCAGAUUCUUUUCGCAUUAUAGCAUUGGGUGAACCUUUGAAAUCGGGGACAGGCAAGCCUAAUUGGCUGACUCCACAAUUAAUAAGCAUGUUUAUCUAUCAGGAGCUGCGGCCAUUACAGCAGAGUGAAGAGCAAGAAUUACUUAUUCAAUUGUGCGACAAUUUGCACCCUGAGAUGCUGAAGCUACUGACGCUGGCGCAAUUAUUACGAAACUCCAAAGAUUCAUUGCUUCAUGGUCUAGCUGACACGUUAUCAACACGCCGGUUGGUAAAAGUGGCCCGACGCUUAAAAGCAUAUCCAUCAAGCAAUCUGAACAACGUUCAUGAAAUUUUGCAACAUACAUUUCUGAUCAAAUUUAUGCCCUCCCUUACGCGUACAGUUUUGGAAAAGACAAUGAUGGAGGCUGGAAUUGAAAAAAGGGCGAAUACAACUCUUAGUAAUGAUGAAAACAGACGACUUAUUAACGUGGUAAACAAUAAAUUACGAAUUGGAGAAACUGAGAUGGAUUUGGGAGAAAUAUCACCGGUUCAACAAUCAAAAGUGCCCAGCACUCUAUUUUAUGAUAUGCCGCAGCACGUUAUGAUGCUGGAACGCCUUCUACAGGACUUUCUUAUCGGUGAGCACUUGCUUUUAGUGGGAAAUCAGGGCGUGGGCAAAAAUAAGCUUAUUGAUCGCCUACUUGAGCUCAUGCGUCGGCCUCGGGAGUAUUUACAGCUACAUAGGGAUACCACGGUGCACAGCCUUACAGUACAAUCUACGCUACAUAAUGGAAAAGUGGUCUAUCAGGAUAGCGCCCUAGUAAAAGCAGUAAAGUUAGGUCAUGUACUUGUCAUAGAUGAAGCCGAUAAAGCACCGGUGAAUGUUUCCUGCAUUCUUCGCACUUUAGUUGGGAACGGCAAGAUGGUGCUUUCAGAUGGGCGUAUGAUUGUCCCAUUUGGAGUUGACGCAAAUGAACCAAAUUUAAUCGAAACGCACAAAGAUUUUCGAGUUAUUGUACUGGCAAACCGGCCAGGGUUUCCAUUUUUAGGCAAUGAUUUCUUUGCGGCAGUAGGCGAUGUUUUUAGUUGCCAUGCCAUCGAGAAUCCCACUCCAGAAUCAGAGAUAUAUCUGUUACAGCGAUAUGGACCCACUGUACCUAUUAAAACACUCACAAUGUUAGUGAAUGCAUUUGGCGAGCUUCGCAGCAUGGCAGACGAGGGGCUACUUAAUUAUCCGUAUUCUAUGAGGGAAGUCGUUAGCAUUGUUAAACACUUGGAACGUUUUCCAGACGAAAACAUGUCCGAACUAGUAGGGAACGUGUUUGAUUUUGAUCGCUACCAGCCGGCGACGUUGCAGCAAGUAACCAAUGUUUUAGCUAAACAUGGUCUGCCUAUUGAUGCAUAUGCAAGAAAUGAAAUGCAAACUCUUCGUAAGCAACAACAGCUUAAGUUGACUAUCGAACGCCAUAGCGGGUUAAGUGUGUCAAGACCGAAGUUUGGUAAAUUAGAUCCUAAAAAUGAACCCCAUGUUGGUGGCAACACGUGGGCCGGUGGUAGUGGGGGACGCGAUACAGCGGGUCUAGGUGGUAAGGGUGGGCCCUUUCGUUUUGACAAGAGCCAUACUGUGUAUCAACUGACGGAUGAGGAGAAAGCUGACAUUCCAGAGGAAAUAAAGCAAGCCGCACGUGCAAUGAACCGAAAGUUAUAUGAGCAGAAGCUACAAGAGAUAAAAAUGUCUGCUCACGACCAUCGGUUGUACGCUCAAUUCAGUGAAGCCAACCAAAAACAAGUACUACAACUGAAAAACAUGUUAGAGACUUUACAAAGUAAAAGUAAAGAACGCCAAUGGCAAAAAUACCAAACUUAUGGUGACGUGGACGACACUCGUCUUAUUGAGGGUAUCACCGGAGAGAAAAAUAUUUACAGGCGACGUACUGAGGCGAAUCCCUGGACGAAUAAUAGUAAUGAAAAACCUAAUCGUCUUAAACUUGUAGUUGAUGUCUCAGGAUCAAUGUACAGAUUCAAUGGUUAUGAUGGACGGCUAGACCGUCAAUUGGAGGCCGUAGUCAUGAUUAUGGAAGCCUUUGAGGGUUACGAAAAAAAAAUAGUGUAUGAUAUUGUUGGCCAUAGUGGUGAAGGUUGGGAGCUUCCUUUUGUCAAUGUUGGUAAUUGGCCUAAAAACGACAGGGAGCGUUUUGAUAUAAUUCGUAUGAUGCAUGCUCAUUCGCAAUUUUGUUGGCCCGGUGAUACCACCGUAAAAGCGGCACGCGAAGCUUGUUCCACCCUGGGCGAAGAAGUCGAUUACGACAAUAGUAUUGUCGUUGUUCUUAGUGAUGCCAAUCUCGCGCGAUAUGGUAUCUCAUCAAAAGAUUUAGCCGAGGCUUUAAACCGCAGUGAACCAAAGGUUAAGGGAUAUGUAAUAUUCAUUGGAAGUUUGGCAGAAGAGGCUGAAAGAAUUAAAACUGAAAUGCCAGUGGGCCAGAGCUACGUAUGUAUGGACCUUACAAAAUUGCCGCAAAUACUAAAUCAAAUGAUUACAACCUCCCUCUUGUAAAAAGUUGAUUUUGGAAAAAAAUAAUGCUCCUAUAAUUGUAAUCUAAAAUUUAUGUUUCUGUGUAUAUUUGUUUACCCUUAUUGUAAAAUAAAAUAAAUAUAAAAAUAUAACAAGGAUGAGCACCUUUUCAGGAAUGUCCGAGCAGUAGAUACCCUAAAAUGCAACUGAACUACCGUUUAUAACACUCCAGUUUCUAUUUCUACUUAUGUAUAUAUACAAAAAACCUGAAACAAAUACAGGCCGAUAUAUAACCAUUAAUUAUCCAACCGAAU